AUGUCGUCAGAAACAGCAGUUCAAAACUCGCAAAACAACGAAAUUUCUUCUGAAGAUGAAGUAUUAUCAGUACUCAAAAGUAAGGUCAAAAAGAAAGCUAAUAAAAGGAAAAAACCACCAAAAAAACACUAUGUUGAUAAUUGCGAUAAACAGCUAAUGCCACAAGUAUUCGUGCAUGUAAAAGUUGAGGAAGUAGAAGACGAAGACGAACGUCCAUUGGAUUUCAGUGGGUAUCGUAAAGAAAAUGUUGCCACAUCAUCAGACCCAAAUCCCCCAAAACCGAAACGCAGAAGAAGGCCACCUGAUAAACCAAAAAAAAAAAGGUUAUUCAAGUGCCCACAGUGUGAUGCAGUAUUUGAACAGAAUGUAGAUUUAAAGACACAUGCCAAAGAACAUCAAGUUGUUACAAGACACAAAUGUGAGCCAUGCGGACGUUAUUUCAACAAAGCAUUCAGUCUUCGUUUACACAGUCGUGUACAUAUGGAGAAGAUGGAAAUAUGUCCUGUCUGCGGUGUGGCUUAUACCCUAAAAAUCAACAUGCUCCGUCAUAUGAAUUCGCAUGAACCAACAGAGCCAUGUCCAAAGUGUCCGUCAAAGUUCCAUACCAAGAGCCUGUUGGAAGCACAUAUGCGUGUGCAUGAAGUAAAAGAAAAUUCUGGAGAAAUUCCGAAAAGAGGGGGCAAACGCGGCGUGACUACCGCCGCCCAUGAUCAACCGCAACACCAGGGGAAUUGCAGAAAUGAAAAUAAAAGAAAUAAAACGAAAGAAAAAACGUCUCCACCGUCGAGUCGCAUUAAGUCUGAAGUAGAGUCAGAAGAAAACGAUGUCAGUGACAACCAAAACAUGUCGAACAGCUAUGAAGUCUAUUUAAAAAGGGAUGACCUGAAUCAUGCAACUCAGUGCGCAAUUGUUAGCAAAAUGCAUAAGGGUAGAUCCGUGCCUGACAUCUGUAAGCUGUACAACUUGACGCCUGAAGUCGUGAAUGAGAUUUGGGAGGAUAGAGAUAACUAUGCUCUACCAAAGAAGGCGGGCAAAAAAUACAUGAACAGCAUACUCGAUGCCAGGAUAGUGGAGUGGUUCCAUAACCAAAGAGCGAACGAUGUACAAGUGUCAGGAAAAAUGCUACAGGAUAUAGCUGAAACAUUUGCUAAAGAGAGUGGUUUUGUUGCAUUUAAUGGCAGUAGAAAGUGGUUGGAUCGAUUCAAAGCCAAAUACAAAAUUUCAUUGCGUGGUACACCACCUAAAAGAGACUAUAGUAAUGUAGCAUUUGGAUGUAAAUGGAAAAACCUGUUCUUCAAAGAAACCUGGUGUGAUGUUCGUCUUGGAAUUGCCGAUGAAGACAUUUACACAGGAGACGAAGUAGGAUUUUACUUUAACCCAUCCAAAGGCAGAAUAAAAAAGAUGUCGGGAAAGAAAUUCAUUCAGGGAUAUGUGAAAGACCGUCUUUCUAUUUUCAUUUGUGCCAAUGUGACUGGUAGUGAUAAAAAACAGUUGGUUGUGUGUGGAACAGAAGACCCUUUAGUGCAUUCUCAUAGGAACCCAGAUACAUUGCCUGUGACUUAUAUAAGACAUGCUCAAGCCCAUUUUACGACGCAAAUGUUUGAAGAGUAUGUCAAAUAUUGGAAUAGGGAACUACAAGUACGGAAUAGAAAAGCAGUGCUCAUUCUGGACAGAGCAACAAUCCAUUCUAAGCUUGUGUUGUCGAAUUUAAAACUAGUUUUUGUCCCAUGGAAGGCGUCAUCCGGUUUAAUACCUGUCAGAAACGGUAUAUUUAGCGGAUUUCGUGAUGAAUUUCGUAGAUUGUUUCUUAUGGAGAAAGCUAUGAAUGCUGUAAGGGGGGUAGAUAGAAAUAUGACUUGUCUAGAGGCAUUGAAUAUGUUAGAGAAAGCUUGGGAACGUUUACCGGCGCAUGUAAUAAACGCCGGUUUUGUGUCUACAGGCUAUGACGUAAAGAAAUUAGAAGCACCAACGGAAAGGCAAACAUUUAUAGACAAUGAAGAAGAAAUGUUGUGUCAGUUUUUAAGAGAUUACGAUGUUGAGCCAUAUUUCACGGAUCUUUCACAUCUCGACAUGUACCUAACAGUUGACGAAGAACUUUUGACAGGUCAGGGGACGAAUGGAUCUGUUUUUGGUGGAAAUCAUAAAGUAACUGAUCCUGUAUCACGCGAAAGAGAAAAAGAAGAGUUACUCCCAAUAGGGACGGAGAAACCAGAGUCCAGUGAUGCAGAGAAUAUGGUUCAAAAAACUAGAGCUUUAAAGGAUUUAGAAAUCAUACGGGAGUAUUUGCAAAGUACAGAUACUCCAUUUGCAGCAUACUCAGAUUUUAUGACUAUAGAAACGUUCCUUUUGAGAAACCCUUUCAAUGAAGAGUCUUGA